AUGCGCGGCCCAACACUCUCGCUCCUGAGCCCCGUGCUCGUCCUCGUCCUCUCGCUCGUCUCGCUCUUGGUGCUGGCACCAACCGGAGCAUCAGCAGCCGCCCUCACCACGCUCCUCGAACCGCACGAGCGCUCCUGCUUCUACGCAUGGGUGGACAAGGCGGGCGAAAAGGUCGGCUUCUACUUUGCCGUCCAGUCCGGCGGAUCCUUUGACGUCGACUACGUCGUCCACGACCCCACCGACAAGAUCAUCGUCUCUGGCCAAAAGGAGCGCCAGGUCGACAUCAUCUUUACCGGCAACGAGGUCGGGGAGUACAGCUUCUGCUUUGCAAACGAGAUGAGCACAUUUGCCGAGAAGCUGAUCGACUUCGACAUCACCGUCGAGUCGGAACCCCGGUUGGAGCUGCCCAUCUCGGCCGCCGCCCUGCUCUCGGAGCACUCGGCGCCGCUCGAGGACUCGAUCAGCCAGGUCCAGGAGCGCCUCACGUCCAUCACCCGCACCCAGAGGUACUUCCGCGUGCGCGAGAACCGCAACUUUGGCACCGUCCGCAACACUCAGUCCAAGAUCUUCUGGUACAGCAUCAUCGAGUCGCUCGUUAUGAUUGGCAUCUCGGUCGGCCAGGUCUACAUCGUUCGGGCGCUGUUCGAAAAGGGGAGCACCAAGCGGUACCGCGUCUGA